AUGUUACGCCGCAACUCCGACAUUGAGCUUCAGCUCCCUGAUGCGGGCCCAACGGUGUCUUCCGAACCUUUGAAUAAUCCAGAACCCGAUGUGGAAAUGCUAUCGGACGAGCCAGCCCUCCCUCUGACGUUGCCCGCCCAUCUCGCCGCGCGUUUCUCACGAAAGCCCAGUGUGGUCCGCCGCUCCUCGGCAGCUUCAUCUCGCCGGAGCUCGGUUUCAUCGCUACACUCCCAUCAUUCGGGGGUAUCGUCCCAUGGCUCAUCGCCCACCGAUCACGUCGCACAACAUCUCCGGCGCACGUCCAUUAUCGAGACCCGGAAGGCCAGGCUCGCGGACCGCGCCUUGCAUGCGGAAAAGGUCCGACUUCGUGCCGCCCUGACCAAAGCGGCCAGUCGCAACCUUCAGCACGAGGAACGAGUGUUGGCUGCCCAGCAGACGCGCGAACGGCUUCUCGCGGAGAUUACCGCCAAAUGCGAGGAAGAAGUCCGUCGCGCGAAGAAGAAGGCUGAAGACAACCGCGAGAAGAAAGCGGCAGAGCACGCGCGUCUGCGAUUAGAGAUGGCGGAAAAGUUUGCGGAAGCAGAGAAGCGGCGGCUUCUCUAUCAGCAGAGUCAUCGACGUUCGCGCACGAGCAGUUUGCCUACCACAGAGGAGAAGAAAAUGUCUACGGCCAUGACCAAGACUCUUACGCAGGAUGCAGCUGCGAAGAAGAUUCAACGAGUAUGGAGGGCGUUUCAUUGCAAGAUGGUCAUGCAAGAGUUCCGAGCCUUGAACCUGAACGUCGACCGCGUCCGGGAUAUGGUUUUUGAAGACGUUGGCGCUCUCCUCUCGGAUGACAACGUCUUGGACACGACGGCCAAGGUCCUCCGUCUCUGCGGGCUCCAGGAUAUGGAGAGCGGCACUAUGGGUGGCAGGGGGGCUGUGCGUACAUUUUUGAGCAGCUACCUCAUUGUGACCCAUCCCGCCGAGGUCCUCAGCGGCGACGGAGAACAGGAGCAAGACCUGAUCGCUAAAGCCCGCGAGUUGCUGGCAGCGUUUGAACAGGUCACCCCAUUGCUUGCAUCUGGGUGCUGCGCACCAGCGGCCGUUUCAUCGGAUCUGCAGACGCUCUGUGAGGCAUACAAUGUCUUCUUUUCUGCAUUCCACGCAUGGAAGACACACGACUCUAGCGUUUUGAUUGAAAUCAUGCUGGCCCAGUUUAUCGAGCUGGAACUUAUUUGGCAGACGGUCAAAGAUGACCGCGCUGGAGGUGUGGCUGAGGACUAUCGCCAGGGGAUCAGGCAAAACCAAAUCCUCCUCCUAGCCAGACUGAAGCGUUUGGCAGGAUCAGACCGGGCAAUGCAAAUGGUCCGGAAUGCCUUGAAAAGGGCAAAGCGGGAGAAGAAGCGGACGGCUUCAAAGCAAGCUAUCCCGCGAUCUGCGGAGGUGGCGCCCGCCUCGACCGAAACGCUGACGGAAAGUGUCGCGUCUCCUAUCAGCGAGACUUUCAACAACGUGGAUAACCCUGUACUCCGAGAGCUGGACAAGCAGCGAGUGUCCCCACACGAGCGAUUCGCGCAACUCCUUACUGCACUCCCGGAAAACCGUGCGCUUGUGCAUGAACUCCUUAUCAAUAAGGAGUACAAGAUUGAUGAAACCCAAUACACCGAGCCACGAAGGCAGAUCAUGAAGCACAUGUGUGACAUGAUGCGGAAGGAUGUGGAUGCGGGUCUGGGGACGAGUUGGACUGUAGCCAUGGCUACGGUGAUACAGGACCGGCUGUUGCGGUUGUUGCGUCCAGGAAAUUCCCUCCAUGUGCUAAUCAGUGAGGUUUUGGACCCAAAGCUGGUGGAAAGCCAAUGCAAAGCCGGCGCCUUCUCCUACGAUAGUUUCUUCAACUUCAUGAACAACAUCCUCCCGAAACUCUGUGCGCCCUACCGGGAUCCCGUGGUCAAAGCAUUUGCUGAAGACACAUCCGGAGAUGCGAUUGACCGCCUGGCUCGACUGAUGGGGAUCAUCGACCUUCUGUCACUGGAUCAUACGAACUUCAUGAUCCAAGUGGCGGCUCCGCAGCUGAUCCAGGAAGCCCCGGGCUAUGAGCAGCGGUCUUUCGAGAGAGGCCUCCAGGACGGGACUAUGAGCCUCGGAAAGAGCAGGCGCUUCUGGCGAACGAACCGCAAAAUUAUUGCGGACGAGAUGCGGAAGCGGGACCCGGAGAAUGUCAACGGAGAGCCUCAGCCGGCUACGUCCAAGGUGUAUGCUCAAGGCCUUGUGGAUUUGAUCCUGAGUAAUGCGGCAGUCUCUGAUGAACUGAUUCCGGAGACUCUCGAGCUAGACCGGGAGCGGUUGGAAAGACUGCACGCACAAGCGUUCAAGAUUGUAGCCACGGCGUCCAUUCUCCUGACGGCCAAGAAUCUGCUUAAGCGCGAUGUGCGGUCGCAAUGGAAAGCCGAAGCUGACCGGAUCUUGUCGCUCGAUUUCAACGACAUCCAGCCCGAUCGUGUGCAAUCAAUCCUCGAGUCGACACACCCGAUGCCGCCCAGCGCGAGCAACCAACUGGCUGCGACCAUCCGGCGGGUGUUGGCGCCGGUUGCGACAGCAUGUGCUGCGGCGUCCUCGGUCCGGGCCAUGCAGGCCUCUGUGGAGAUCCAGACGGAGCUGUCCGCGCAGGAACAGCCUUCGUCGUCUGGAACGAGUGCCGCGGGCGUCGGUGCAACCAGCUUCACGGACCCCGUCGCGCGCCUCAUCCUCUCCCGACUGCGUGCGCACGUUCUCUCUCGCAUGAGCGCCGCGAGUGCCAGCGAACGCGUGCGGGCAACGACCACUGCAAGUCAAAGCCUGGCGGGCGCGGGUAUGCCGGAAUUUGUGAGCGAAGUCGGACAACUGACGGAGGAACUAGAGAAGGUCCGCGAGGUGGACUGGCUCUGCCAUGGGACGAUCUACGAACGAGUCUUGGAAGAAAGCCGUUCUCCCACGCCGGGGGCGUGA